AAAAAUGGCAGACGAUAAAAGAACUAAAUCUCCAGAAAAACCAAAAGUAGCCAAAAUGGACUUUUUCUCAAGUGGAGAGGAAGAAGAGCCAGAACCAGAUACAGGGGAGACCAAAGAACUGUUGAUAGAAGACAGAGCAGCUGUGGCAAUUGAUUUGAACCAAAGUAGAAUUGCUAAAAUUAGCAAUUUGGAGGGACUUACACAAUGUGAGAGUCUUUGUUUACGACAAAACCUUAUAAAGAAAAUUGAAGGAUUGUGUUCAGUUCCAACAUUGACCGACCUUGACCUCUAUGACAACCAGAUCACAAAGAUUGAAAACCUUGAGGCAUUGUUCAAUCUAGAGGUGUUAGAUUUAUCCUUCAACAGAAUUCCCAAAGUAGAAGGUCUGCAGACUUUAACAAAACUCAAAAAGCUUUUCCUGAUUCACAACAAGAUCCAUAAGAUGGAGAAUGUGGGCCAUCUAGUUCACCUGGAGAUGUUAGAAUUUGGGUCCAACAAAAUUAGAGCAAUAGAAGGUAUAUCCACGCUGACCAAUAUAACGCACCUAUACAUAGGGAAGAACAAAAUCACAAGAAUUCAGGGACUCAACACAUUAGUAAACCUACGAUGUCUCAGUAUUCAGAGCAACAGAUUAAGAAAAAUUGAGGGGCUCGAGGAGCUUGUGAAUCUAGAGGAACUGUAUGCCAGUCACAAUGGGAUAGAGAAGGUUGAGGGCCUAGAAAAAAAUGUGAAGCUUACAACCCUUGAUUUAGCUUCCAAUUUCAUUCCAAAGAUUGAAAAUGUAGGCCACUUGGCUGAAUUGGAAGAAUUUUGGUUUAACGACAAUAAAGUGUCAAGUUGGGAUGAUUUAAAGGAGCUAGAAUCCUUGAAAAAGUUAGCGACAGUUUACAUGGAGCGAAAUCCUUUGUACUACGACUCGGAGGGUAAACCGGACCCGAACUAUCGACGGAAGAUCAAGUUGGCUCUACCUCAAAUCCAGCAGAUAGACGCAACUCUUUGUAAAUAGUCCAAAAAUUGUUCACAAAACAUUUUUCUGUGAUGAUAGUUGGAAAUCUGGAUCCUGGAUCAUAGGUGACAUCUGGAUCGUGGAUCUAUUGGUAGUGAAUCGUGCCAUAUCACAAAGACUACUCUAUGGACAAUAAUGCAUAAUUUUUUAAGAUGCCGGUUUAUAUGUAUUUAAUCAAAUUUUUACUUAUGAAGUUAGUUUCUACUUGACUAUGUUGUUAUAGUUAAUAAAUUUCACAAUUAAUACCUACAGUA